GGCACCCUAGAUAUUUUAAUCAACUUUCAACUGGAUUGGACAUGGUUGGAUUGGCAGCAGACUGGCUGACAUCAGCAGCAAAUACUAAUAUGUUCACCUAUGAAAUUGCUCCAGUGUUUGUACUUUUGGAAUAUGUCACACUAAGGAAAAUGAGAGAGAUGGUUGGCUGGCCAGGGGGCUGUGGCGAUGGGAUAUUUUCACCUGGUGGUGCCAUAUCUAACAUGUAUGCUAUGUUGAUUGCACGUUUCAAGAUGUUCCCAGAAGUUAAAGAAAAAGGAAUGGCAGCUAUUCCCAGACUGGUUGCCUUCACAUCAGAACAUAGUCACUUUUCUGUGAAGAAAGGAGCUGCAGCCUUGGGUAUUGGUACAGAUAGUGUGAUUCUGAUUAGAUGUGAUGAAAGAGGGAAAAUGAUCCCAUCAGACCUUGAAAGAAGAAUUCUUGAAGCCAAACAAAAAGGAUUUGUUCCUUUUCUGGUGAGUGCCACAGCUGGGACAACAGUGUACGGGGCAUUUGAUCCUCUCAUAGCUAUUGCAGACAUCUGCAAGAAGUACAAAAUCUGGAUGCAUGUGGAUGGAGCAUGGGGUGGCGGGCUCCUGAUGUCAAGAAAACACAAAUGGAAGUUAAAUGGUGUUGAAAG